AUGUCGGCGCAACCAAAUCGCAACCGACCAGCACCCCUCAAUCAACGGUCGCAGUCCCAGAACAACACUCUCGCCAUUCGAGUCGUCCCCUACACGCCUCCCCGGAUCCAGCCCGAUGGACUGGCCGCCGGCCAGCAGCCGUCGCCGCUCCGACAUGCGACUGGAGGCUCUUAUGGUGUUUGCGACGAUGACCAGCCCAGCAACGGAGAGAAUGCUAGCCGGGCGAGGGAGGGUGGUGGAGGCAAGGAGCGCCAUGCUAACCCUCCAGGGUUCGCAUUGUCCUCAGCUUCGUCUCCUGCGCUGCCAUUGGUGGGGCCCGAUGAUGAAGGAGUUUCAGGCUCCUCAGACGAUGCCCUGAGACCGCUCCCCUCCCCUGUUCUGGUGUCACCGUCCGAACUAGGCCGCCGCACCACAACAGAUCCAGCCCUGCAUAACCCUCUCCCCCAUCCACGACCCCUGUCACGGAACCGCAAUUUUGUCGCUAUCCAUUCAGACAAGACUUUCUCGCUUGUCCCUCGCGGCACGCAAUCAAACUCGCCGAGGAGGAGCGUCAUAUCCCCUCCGCUAUCAUACUCCUCCAGGGGAUCAAGCUCGAAUGACCGUCCUUCGAUCGGUACAUGGAGCGAGGGACGACCCAGCUCACCCCUGACCAGCACAAGUGCCACCAUCCCGGAUCGGAGCCUGUCUCCGUCAUCCCCGUCCCCCAGCUCCUCCACUACACAAUUAGCUGAGGAUCCUAUUACUUCGUCGCCCUGGAACUACCGAAUGCUUGGUGGCCUUCGGAAAGUCCCAAAGACACCAGACCUGAAACAGAAAACCAAGCGGCGCCCAACAUCGCCAACCUCGGACAGCCCACUCUCCCCAUUGCCCGAGAUACCAACCUCCUCCCAGGAGAUCGAUACAGCCUCGCGAUCCGUGGUGCCCAGACCUUCAUUCGCCUCGACACAGACAAGAUCCACCACAUCCGAGACCACCAACUACAAGGUCUACGGCCACUCUCCAGCCCCGAUAUCGUCCGACAGCCUCGACCCGCCGUCGUCCAACAACUCGAAUUACGAGAUUCUUGGAGAGUCUUCACCGCCUGCUCCGCUCAGCAGCAGUCCCCCGGGCAGCUCGGACAGCAGCAACGAGAAUUACGUUUUGCACGGCGACCCGUCCCCAUCGCCGUCCCAGUCCCUCGUGGCGGUUACACGAAAGCCGCGCCCGACAUAUUCGCAAGAAAGCCUAAUCGUUCCCCCACUUCGCCCCGCCAAGAAGAUCUCAUAUGAAGAUUUUGGGUACUACAAACAACGGUCGAGAGCGAAGCUCCGUGCUCGCGCAGGGUCGGUAAAGACAAUCACGUCUAUCAAAUCGAUCUCAUCCGUUAUCAGCCAGGAAGCGGCGCAAUCAUUUCUCGCAGCGCCGAUUCUGCUCAAUUUGCAGGGCGCCUCGUCCUCUCAUUCCACUCCGGGAGACUCUAUCACCCAGCUGCAGACGAAGGAUUCAUGGGAAGCUUUACCGCCAGCAGUAGGAUCGUCCGACGGCCAGUCCUCCUCCCCCUCCCCCAGCAUCAGCCCACCGCAGCGGAUCCAGAUGAUACAGUCUCAUCCGCACCUAUGGAGCUCCCAGCUGUCGACGGUCAUGUCGGAGAGCGACCCCGAGAGCUCUCAUGGCCAUUCUCGCUCCGCAUCGUACAAUUCAACAGGCCACGUUGCGGGACAUAGACGGCGGAGCAGUGCCGGCUGGGGAGGUUCAAUGCACAGCCGACAGCCGCAGAGCAUGUCCUCGGCAUCUCCCACACCUCUCGAUGAAGGGCCGGAAGAUGCAGGGUCCAUCUCGCAGAGUGGUUCGAUCGAAAGACCGCACCCCGCUUAUGCUCGAGCCGGACCUUCGGGUUUACGAAUGGUGCGUGAUCAAGAUGAGCAUGGCGAUGGAUUGGCGGACCUGCGCGAGAUGUCGCAACACCCUUCGAGGUUUGGACUCUCGGGCUUCUUCGGCAGCAGCGACAGCUCGGGUCGAAAUAUUCAUUCAAGUGGUAGCUCGAGGGCUAACAGUCUGAAUUCGGGCUUAAUUCCCGCAUGGGCCAGAGUUUACUAUGGGUCUGGCGAGCGGCGUUUUCUCGGGCCGUCGUCUGCUUCAGCGUCCGAUGCCGGUGACAGCCGACCCGGAAGCUCGGGAUUCCACACUGGUGGGUCACCAAAUACGGACCACUUCCCGUUACCAAUCUACACCUCCCGCCGGCGGGCUAAUCACGUCGUGCCUCCGGCUGACCACCGACCCUUUUCGGACUCGGCCGAGAUGGACAUCACUACCGUACCACAUGAGGACUACGGCAUCUUUCGGACCCUGAAGAGGAAAACAUCAAGUAUCUGGUCCCCUCAUCUGCGGGCCGACCGAAGGGCGGGCGGGUACAGCGUCUGGGACCCCCCCAGCGUCAGCUGGUCGGCAGACAACGGGCUUCUUGGGAAGCGGAAUGUUCAGGUUGUGUUGUUCAUUAUAGGAUUUAUCUUCCCUUUCGCAUGGAUAAUUGCCGCUUUCCUACCACUACCGCCUAACCCGAAACACCAGAUGCUAGAGGCGUCUCAGACCCAGAGUCGAUUUGGCCCCGUCGACUACACACACCAACUGCGGCUUAUGGGCGAGACAAGAUACGAAAGUGCCCGAUGGUGGAGGAACCUCAAUCGCGUCAUGUCCGUCAUGGGUCUCGUCAUCAUCGGUGCCAUCGCGGCUCUUGUCGUCCUCGGGCUCCAACAAGGCUGGGCUCUACGCACAAGCACAUGA